UUCAAGUUUGAUUACAAAUUUGAGGAUACAUACUAAUGAAAAACCAUAUUCUUGCGAGUAUUGCAAGAAAACAUUUUCUAAUAGUUCAAAUUUGAAAAAACAUUUGAGGAUUCACACAAAUGAAAAACCAUAUUCUUGUGAGUACUGUAAAAAGACAUUUUCUCAAAGUUCAAGCUUGAUUACACAUUUGAGGAUACACACUAAUGAAAAACCAUAUUCUUGUGAAUAUUGUAAGCAGACAUUUUCUACUAGUUCAAAUUUGAAAAAACAUUUGAGGAUUCACACUAAUGAAAAACCAUAUUUCAAGGUUGAAAAUACAUCUGAGGGUACACACUUACGAAAAACCAUAUUCUUCUCAAAUUUGAAAAGACAUUUAAGGAUUCACACCAAUGAAAAACCAUAUUCUUGCGAG